GAGACACGGGACGGUGACAGUGGCGCUUCUGCUCAUGUUCGCAGCCAGAUAACAGCGACCGAGGGGAUCUGGCAAACUGUGGCUUCACAUUAACAACUAUCUACAGUACGAACAAGCGGGGAGACGACGCAGGAAAACAAAGCACUUUUUGUUCUUAGUUAGGCCUGCGUUGCCUUUAACCGACGUGACGAAUUGGGGGAAACGAGUGAAAACGCCGUUCACGAGGUGGACUGCGCGCUGCCCAAUUUGUCGUGGUAACCCACCGCCAUGCCGUUCCCCUUUGGCAAGUCCCACAAGUCGCCGACGGACAUCGUCAAGAACCUAAAGGACAGCAUGACAGUGCUUGAAAAGCAUGACAUCUCUGACAAAAAGGCCGAGAAGGCCACGGAAGAGGUGUCAAAGAGCCUGGUGGCCAUGAAGGAAAUCCUGUACGGGACUAAUGAGAAAGAGCCCCAGACGGAAGCAGUGGCCCAACUGGCUCAGGAGCUUUACAACAGCGGUUUGCUCAGCACGCUGAUAGCCGACCUGCAGCUCAUUGACUUUGAGGGCAAGAAAGAUGUAGCUCAGAUCUUCAACAACAUCUUGAGACGUCAGAUUGGCACUCGGACACCGACGGUGGAGUACCUCUGUACCCAGCAGAAUAUACUCUUCAUGUUACUAAAAGGGUACGAGUGUCCAGAGAUUGCCCUAAACUGUGGAAUCAUGUUGAGGGAGUGCAUCCGACACGAACCCCUAGCCAAAAUCACACUGUGGUCGGAGCAGUUUUAUGACUUUUUCCGAUACGUGGAGAUGUCCACAUUUGACAUUGCCUCAGACGCUUUCGCCACUUUCAAAGACCUCCUUACAAGACACAAGCUACUGAGCGCAGAGUUUCUGGAGCAACAUUAUGACAGAUUCUUUAGUGAAUACGAGAAGCUACUCCACUCUGAAAACUAUGUGACAAAAAGGCAGUCCCUCAAGUUACUGGGAGAGUUGCUCCUUGACCGGCACAACUUCAGCAUCAUGACGAAGUACAUCAGCAAGCCCGAAAAUCUGAAACUCAUGAUGAAUUUGCUACGUGACAAGAGCCGCAACAUUCAGUUUGAGGCGUUUCAUGUUUUUAAGGUGUUUGUGGCCAACCCGAAUAAGACGCAGCCCAUCCUGGACAUCUUAUUGAAGAACCAGGCCAAGCUCAUCGAGUUCCUCAGCAAGUUCCAGAAUGACAGAACGGAGGAUGAACAGUUCAAUGAUGAAAAGACCUACCUGGUCAAACAAAUCCGGGACCUCAAGAGGCCUGCCCCGCAGGAGGCUUGAGGCAGGGUGCCAAGGACAACGAGGGGGGCGGGGCCAUCAUGUCUUGACCGCUUAACACCUGCCUAACGGACCCAUCGGCUGCUGCUGUUCUGCUUUCUGAACAAAAAUUUCGGAAGCAAACUUAAAAACAACAACAACAAAAAACAUACGCAUUUCAAGUUGUUGGGAAGUUGCUAGCCCAUUAAGUGAACAUUUUGGGGAGGGGUUUCAUCCCAGAGUCUUUGUUCAAAAGAAAACAGUAGACGCUGCUGCUUUCAUGCACCUUGAACCACAUAUGGUCCAAUAACACACGAGUCCAUCGUAAACAAAAGUCAUUGAACCAUAACUUGAGACACACAUAGGAAGUCAAGAUUUCAAUCCUACUGAAGACUCAUUAGAGGUGUAACGCCUCCAGCUUCAUACGCACAUCCUGCAAGAUUAUGGCCUCCAACCUUUGUGAUGGAAGCGGUACGAGAAACAGGGUUGUUUUCUGCAUGCCUCGGAAGCUGACAGAUGGUCCGUCUGCACCUGUUGGCGGCGCCGCCGUGGCCCGGCCAGAGUGGCUGCCAUGCUCAGUGGUCAGACUGACAUGCACAUGCGUCAAUGCCUUCAUACAAUGCGAUGUGUGGGGUGAACUCCCAAAUGCCAGGCCACCCGCUAGUCUUGACCUCCUGUGUGCUGUGUUAAAUGACCCAGCACGGAAAAUACUCGGGCGAAGGAAGAGAGAUGUAACUUUUGAACGCCCAAAAGCCCUCUCUGUAUUCUUUUCUUGAAUGGGGAGAAUGUACAUAGGCCUUUUUUUUUUUUUGGUAUGUAGAUUUUGUUUAACCUUAACAUAGGAAUAUAAUAUUGGUCUUUACCUUAAACAUAACGUUCAUGGUAUUCAAAUGACUAUCUAAACCCAAAGCAAGACUGGUGUCAAUUGUUUUUACAUUUCAUUUUACUUCUGAAAUGGUUGCUGAGUUUCUUGUAUGUCACCUAAAGGGCAGCUCCCAGUUUGCUACCCGACAUUGAUAUAAUGUACAAAGAGGGAACGUGGAAGUAUGACUAUCAUUGCUGGUUGGGUGGCUCUAGCAUCACUUCUGAAUAGGAAAGGAAGGUUGAGAUCAGUGGAGCUUUAAUUACAAGCCAAUCGCCCGCUUAGUAACUCACUGCAAAUUGGAGGUGAGGACCCCAGGAGAUCCCCACUUCUCAAUAGCAGUGAUUUUGUAUUUCCCGCUUCAUUCUGAGCUAUUGGCGUGUUUCUUGGGAAGUGCGUCUGUGGUAAACUCAGCAGGACCUUGGUAGCUUUCCUAUUUCCUGUAAAGAGUUUUUUUUUAAAUGGCUGGAUAAAUCCAGUACAAUUAUGAGUGUUAAGCAGUUGUGGCUAGGACACUGGGUGUGAUGGUUUGUCCUCAUGGUACUUAGGCAGACCUAUGAACAGAAUUGCAGUGAGUUGACAACGGUAGUCCACAUUCUGGAAACUAUUUAUAGUUCAAACAGUUAAUAAAUACCUGUAGUGCAGGCAACAGCACUGCUCAGAGCCCAGCCCCUCCAUGCACAUUGAGCAUGCAUGUUCCUACACUGGCUGUGCAUGAUGCUCUUCAAAUGGCGUUGUACUGGAGUUGUUACUUUAACAGCCUUGAAAUAUCACGUUGAACUCAGCUUGUAUGCAGCUUUUGACACCAAUUUCAGCGUAAAACAUUCGGGUGCUUUCGGAAGUGUCAAAGUCCUGAGCCGAAUAAGAAUAAAGAAAUAAAGUUUGAAAUUAAA